CAUACGGUUGCCCCUACAUUGUCACUUAAUGAACCGCAGGCGCCCCUGUUGACCGGCGCCCGACGUGCUGGAGCUGGCCAAUAGCAAGGACAUCCACUAUGAUAUCGCCUGCCUUGCAGUCCAUCCAUAACCUGAAGACCGACACCGCUCGCUGGAUGCCCGUGAUGAAUGCUACCUUCCCGGGACAGCUGUAUGGAGACGCGCAGGCUACUUCGACUACCUCGAGCAUCGUCACCGCGGCUCAAUGUCACCACCGGUUCAACCGCUCCACCCCGUGCCAACCUGCCCGCCAAACAGUUCUACGCCGCACGGAUAAGCCCUGCGGCGCCGACCCACUGCAUUGACGGUGACUUGUAUGGCGUGCCGUGGCGGAUGGCGGCACUCUGUCUUCAGUUUGAUGCGAGGGGGGUUUGUUCUGAUAUUGAGUUGUUUGAGUUCUUCAUGAUGAAUUGCAUUUAGUAUCGUUUCCCGGCGAUGACGCAGAGGCCAUGACUGCGUUUUCUGCUCUGAGUGGGAAGGUUGAAAUCCAGCGUUUCGGGACAUCGUCGCGUCCCAGUUUGAUGCAUGUGUGAUAUCGUAUGUUUUCUAAAACGUGCAUUAAUUUGCGUUACUCCAGAGAAUUUCGUA